GGGGCCCACGUUGGGAUUGCGCCGCUCCGACUUCCCGGAGCGAUUCCCGGAGCGAUUCCCGGAGCGAUUCCCGGAGCCAUCCCCGGGAGCGAUGUUCCGCCGUCCCCCGCGCAACUUCCGCGGCCGGCGGCGCGCAGCCUCCAGCGGCAGCAGCGAGGGCGAGCCGGAGCCGGAGCCGGAGCCGGAGCCGGAGCCGGCCGCAGCCCCGUCCCCAGACUCCGGCGCCAGCUCGCCCUCGGAGCGGGAAGCGGAGCCCUCGGAGGCCGGGGGCGAUGCCCCCGCGGAGGAGCCGGCCCGCAGCCCCCGCGGCCGGGCGCGUAGGGCAGGGCCGGGCUCGGGCCCGGGGCAGCGCCCAGCCGGGGCCGCAGCGGGGCCGGGCCGGGCCGGGAAGGAGCUGCUGAGCUUUGGAAGCGAGGAGGAGCGGGAAGGUGAAGAGUUUUUUAAAGUUAAAAAGCCAUCCUUCAACGAAGUAACCUUUAGAAUUAAAAAGAAGGAAAGCCUACUGCCUGCACAGACAGAAGCUGAAGAAAGCAAAAAAAUCUGUCAGUUGGAGCCUGGAGCUGGUGACAGCAAAGAUACUCAUGAAGAGGAGGAGGAGAAUGAAGAUGAAACUUAUUCUUCACUUAAUGAGGACUACAACAGCUCAGACUCUGAAAAUGAAUCCAGCUCUCCACAGAGGAGGAAGGAUGUGUCACCAAGCAAUAUCCCCAGUGCAGCUCACGUUGAGGCUGCUCGGAGGAAGCGUCACUUAGCCAGGACAGAGGCUGAUUAUCUUCCCCUGGAUGCUUCAGACAGACCUCAGGACCCUCAGGGAAGAGGAAGCAGUGACUUGGAGAGUGAAGAUGAGUCUGAAACAAAGAAUCUCGAUUUUGCUCCUAAAAUGAGAACUCUUAGGCAAAGGAUGGCUGAAGACAUGGUGCCUCUGGGUGAUGGAUCAAGUGAUGAUGAAGCCAAGUGGGAAGAACAGCAAAUAAAGAAAGCUGUUAAACUCUCUCAG